CAUUUAUUAAUACAACAACUUGCAAGAGAAAGAGAAGAGAGAAGCAGUUGGAGAAAGAGGAAGACGAAGAUAGAGUGUUGGUGAGUUCAAUCAACCAACAAGUUAACAUUUUCACAUUCAUUCAUUCGUGAUGGACGAGGUCAUGACAACGGCAGAUGUAACGGCAAGCACGGCUUCAUCGUUAUCCCCUUCAAUACUUCCUUCCAAUCUUCCUAUACUCUCGGCUUUUCUCUCUUUCGCUCUCGCUCAGUUUCUCAAGAUCUUCACCACCUGGUAUAAGGAAAAGAGAUGGGAUUCUAAAAGGUUGCUUGAUUCGGGUGGAAUGCCUUCAUCACAUUCUGCGACUGUGUCUGCUUUGGCUGUGGCUAUAGGUUUCCAAGAAGGGACUGCAUCAUCUGUAUUUGCUAUCGCCGUCAUCUUGGCAUGUAUUGUAAUGUAUGAUGCCUCAGGAGUUAGACUUCAUGCAGGCCGACAAGCAGAAUUGCUUAAUCAAAUUGUGUGUGAAUUACCUCCAGAACAUCCACUGUCCAAUGUCAGACCACUGCGUGAUUCACUUGGUCAUACUCCACUUCAGGUUGUUGCCGGUGGCUUACUGGGGUGCCUUAUAGCAUUUUUAAUGAGGAAAUAAAGUUAAGAUGCAAUGCUAUGUGAAUGAUAUACUAAUACUAAUUAUCUACCUUGUCACAAGUGGUUGUGCACGACGAAAAGGAGUGCAUCAUGGAAAUGGCGUAAAAGGCUUGCUUUUGUGGAAAGCAUGCAAGCGAGUAAACGAUAAAUUAUGUUGAGGGUUCUCCAUGGUGCUGGGAGAUCCAUUGUCUCCAAUUUCGGGCAUUCAGACUUCUCCUGUGCACAAUAAUGGAUUUGUUUAUUAACUGUCUUAAUUAAUUGUUGAUGAUUGAACACGAUUUGAGACAAUAGUGUCCUUUAUUUGACUUGUUUUCCACAACUUGUGGCUGGCAUUUCAUUUUCAUCCAUUAGUAGAUUAAUGUGUGUUUCUCAAGUUGUGACCUGUCAAAAACAUUGACCGUCAUGUUUUAUCUAAUUACACUUUUUUUUUAAUGUGAUUAUCAUUUCAUUUGUUGUCUCA